CUGCCCUGUCCACCGCGACUUAAAUAAGAGCCAUGCUGCGGGUCUGAGCCCCUGAAACAGCGAGAGUCGAGGCCGGGAGUUUCGGAGUCUAUAGGAGGGGAGGCGGGGACAUCGGGAGAAGAGAUUAGGGAGCGCGGGAAGCCAAGAAUUCGCAGUCGAAAGGAGGUUGGAGGCUCAAUAAUAUAUGCGGUAGAAAAACCAGGGAUAUAUGUGAGACCAAGAGGGAAAAAAAUCAAGACACCUAGGACCUUGCAGGCGUUUGAGGACUUGUGAGUCUCUAAAACUAGAAAUUCAAGAGACCAGGUUACCAGGCCACCAAGAGACUAGGAAACUCGGAGCCGACACGUCCAGGAGACUAGAAAUCCAGGCGACCUCAGGCAAUUAGAGUCCGUGCGUUCAAGUAAAGCAGGUGACAAGUAGCCCAGAACACCAGGAGCUCAUCAACCCAAGAGACCAGGAUUCUCAGAGCCCAGACGUCCAGGAGACCACAGAUCUAGGAGACCAGAGAACAGGAUUCUAAGGUGACAAGUAGACAGAUCAGGAGGACAGCUGGCAAGGAGGCCAGAGGAAACCAGUAUCCUAAGAGUCAAAGAGAUCAGAGUCCUUCUUGCAAUGGGGGCUCCAUUCACCGGCUGCCUGGCCUUAGGGCUCAUGGUCGCCGCCUGGAGCCUCGGCUCCACCUCGGAGCCUGGGAAGGUUCGGCCGGGCCGUCAGCACGAGGAGAGAACGGCGGGAACGGCGACCGGGCCGUGUCCCUUUGGGGUCCCAGGCCCCUCUGGCCGCGAUGGCCUGCCCGGACCCAGCGGGACCCCGGGGACUCCGGGGGUCCCUGGUCUGCCUGGGAGGGACGGGACCCCAGGGCUCCCUGGCAGAGACGGGCCCGCAGGGGAGUGCGGGGAGCGGGGAGACCGGGGCGAGCGAGGGAUCUGGAAGCCAAACAUCAAGCAGUGCGCGUGGAACGCACUCAACAACGGCCAGGACCUGGGAAAGAUACAGUCGUGCACCUUCACGAAGGAGCGCGGCGACAGUAGCGUGCGCGUGCUCUUCUCGGGCGCCAUGCGUCUGCGUUGCUCCGUACCGUGUUGCUCGCGCUGGUAUUUGACCUUCAACGGCGCAGAAUGCUCCGGGCCGCUGCCCAUCGAGGCCAUCGUGUACCUGGACCCGGGCAGCAGCCCCUCCGAGACCAACGCCUCCAUCAACAUCCACCGCACCACCAGCGUGGAGGGACUGUGCGACGUCGUUUCGGCCGGAGUGCUCGACGUGGCGCUGUGGCUGGGCACGUGCGCCGUCGGGGGCUUCCCGCAGGGGGACGCGUCCACCGGGUGGAACUCCGUGUCGCGUCUCAUCAUCGAAGAGCUCUUCAAGUAAUGGCCGAGCUUUCUCGCUCCCUUCCACCACCACCCCCCCCCCCCCCCCCCCCGCGUAUUGAAACCGUUCAAUGUUUUACUUUUGAGUAUUAGUGUAGGAUUAUGAAGUCGGUAAAAAAAAACUGGUUCACACACGUGUUGUUGUAUUGUUAACUUUCUUUCAUCGUACAUGUCCAAGCUUUGGUAAUGCUAUUUCACGUGUUAAUUUUCAUCUACUUUGUUUACCCAGGAACGAUUCACAAAGUGUCAACUCUUUCUGGAGAGUCCUGCCAAAUUUUAACAGUUGGGCACUAUGAUUGCCAUGUGUACUCCCAAAUAAGUAAUUUUCAGGCAAUAUUUUCUAAUUUAGCAAAUUUGGACCAUGACACCAGCACAAAAAUGGCCUACUCUUGCGAAUGCCGUCACAGGAUCAAAAAUGUUCACUGUGAAAGCAGAUGCAAAGUAAUAUUUUUAAGAUUAAUAUCCACAGUAUUAAGUCAGGGAGGCUACUGGAUAUUAACCGAUAACAUAUAAAUAAUUUCUAAAACCUCUUGUGUUACUGUUGGAAUAAAGCUUACUUGCGAAUACA